CCCGACACCCGCGACCUCAGCGUCCCUCGCGCAUCUGGCACCACCGAGGGCGACGGUUAUAAAGGAUGGUGAGAGAGACUCCGCAGUCCUUGGCCAGUGCGCGUUGCGUCGCGUGUCUCUUGUCUCUCCCGCGCUACCUGCUCACAUUUCGGACAGAUGGGUGCCACACAGUGCUGGAUCGUCGUGCUGGCGGUCGUGUUGGGUGCGACAGCCGUUCUUGCCGCCAUUCCAGGACCUAAGAACAUGCGCUACCCUGACAACAUCGUGGAGCCCAAGGUGAAGUGCGUAAAGGAGGGCAGCUUCCCCCACCCUAGGAAUUGCAGCUGGUAUUACAGGUGUGUUGAUCGCAUGCACGUUGGCUUCUUCUGGACUUACCACUUUGAGUGUGAGCCCGGCACAGUGUUCUCCGAUGAGCUGGACCAGUGCGUCCAUCCCUUCCUGGCUGAGCCGCCGUGCGGGGGACAGACCACCACCAUCACAACGGAGCCCACUAUCAUUCAGUGCCACGGAGUACCGGGAACUUGCAAGAAUUAUGAGAUUUGUUUGCCAGAAAAACGCACGAGGUACUUCUGUGAUAAGAUUAGGUGCCCCUUGAGGACGCCCGAGCUGUCCUGUGCUGAGGGAUAUUCCUUCGACAUGGAUGCCCGACAAUGCGACAAGAUUCCCGAAGCCUCGACCCUGUGCGGGGUAGCUACCAACAUCAGCAUCACGCAGCAGGGCCAGGUGCCUUGCUCCGCCGAUAAUCUGAGGCCGAUGACAGAUUUUGUCUCGCGUAUCUACUGCAGCGAAUAUGUCUUUUGUGACGGCAACAAGUUCUCGGGAAAGAAAAAGUUGUGCACAAACUACUACGAGUGUCAGCGUAUCGGCAACAAGUGGGAGGCGUUCCUGCGUUCGUGUCCCCCGGGUCUUCUUUACAGCUACUCCAAUGACAAGUGCGAGCCUAAGCCCCUAGAUUCGGAGCUGUGCUAAGAAGAAUCGCUUCGGACUACAGCCAGUUUUUGCUUCCCAAUCAAAACAGCGUAACAGAUGAUCACCGCGCUUACUUAAACAUUCUCUUCUCCACACCAAGUUAAGCUCCUCGCCGCGACAGCUAUCCUUCUCCCACCCACCAGCCCCGCGUUGGAAGAUCUGCAUCACUGAAAAACAAGGUCCAUAUAGAAUCUUGUAUAGGUUAAGGCUGCUCUUAUCUAUGUCAUUCCUCAAAGACUCGUCAGUAGUACACAAGUUAAUGGUUAGUACUGCAAAGAAAUCGGUCUGGCUCUCCCCUGCACUGCACUUGCGAUGUCAGAGUGCACAGCCAGGACAGGACAGCUUGAGUUGGGGACCGUUAGCAUUACACAUAUUCCUUGCCGUGCCCGCGUGGCGCCCCAGUGGUGACGUGUGGUCGGAGAGGGGAACACAACGCAUACUGCACACUAAAUGACUGUGAUGGCCCAUGCUGGCUCUCGCGGGCUCAGCCAUUGGUGCUGGAAGCCGUCCGGUCCAAACCUGUCUCAAAUCUGUUGUAUAAUUAUCCUACCUUACUUAAUGUUUAUUGGUGAUGACGAGCGGAGAUGUGGCGUGUGGAGUGUUGCCUGCAUCCCCUGACUGAUGCAGCAACAGCUCACACGCCUGUAUUUAUUCGCAUAGGUAUUUCAUCCGCGGAAUUUGCUGCUUUCUAGUUUUCCACGUUCCCGGUAGCUGAAUUUAUGAGUAUAAUUUGUAUCAUGCGCUGGAAACAAAUAGGAAGCGGAUAAAGAAUGUGUCUAAAUAUUACAAACGAAAAUAAUUCUCUGAUAGUACAAAUUCGUAGCCUUCCUUCACUCGCGCUCCACCCGGACAGUACAAACAGAAGAGAACAGGAAAUUAAUUAUUCAUAGUGUUGAUAGGGAAUAAAUAAAUGGAAAUAGCUACUACUAGGGUACGGACCGCGGAGAGAGGCGGGUCAGCUUGUACCGACGCCCGAGCCCCGCCAGCCAGCCACCUGGUCACACUGUGCUGUCCUCGUUAGCUAUCAGGACAGCAGAUCACCUUUUUUUUUUUUCAAGAUUGUGAUAGUUUCAUCCAUUCUCUGCCUGCUUAUUACCUCCACGCUUAUUCCUGUGGACGGUAAAUGCAUCUAAAUCAUCUUCAUUAUUACUAUUACUAUUAUUAUUAUUAUUAUUAUUAUUAUUAUUAUUAUUAUUAUCUAAACGUUUCUAGUGUUUGACUGUUGAGGGUAUACGGUGUGUGUACUCGUGUAUCCGAGCAAGUCACCUGUUCUUUCGUUUGUGUAUGUGUUUCGUCUCCAAAAUAUAUUCCUAAGUUA